AGGGGCGGAGCUUCCGGCUGACACCCUGCAUGAAUCGUGUUUUCCUGAAGCUAACAUUCUUUACCAUCAACCAAAGUUUGCUGCGUUUUUAAUUUAAGAAUAUUGAUUUUAAGGAUUUCUUUAAGACCAGUGAUGGGUUUACUGACAAUUUUGAAGAAGAUGAAACAUAAGGAGCGGGAAAUGAGGCUUUUAAUGUUAGGCCUGGAUAAUGCAGGGAAGACCACCAUCCUGAAGAAGUUCAACGGAGAAGAUGUGAGCACCAUCUCCCCCACAUUAGGCUUCAAUAUCAAAACCCUGGAGCACAAAGGGUUCAAGCUGAAUAUUUGGGAUGUUGGGGGGCAGAAGUCUCUGCGGUCCUACUGGAGGAAUUACUUUGAAAGCACCGACGGGCUGGUUUGGGUGGUGGACAGCGCAGACAGACUCCGACUGCAGGACUGUGGACAGGAACUGAGCUCGCUGCUACAGGAGGAGAGAUUAUCUGGUGCUACUCUGCUGGUGUUUGCUAACAAACAGGAUCUACCAGGGUCGUUGUCCAAAGAAGCAAUAAAAGAUGCAUUGGCUCUGGACAACAUCAAAACUCACCACUGGUGCAUCAUUGGCUGCAGCGCAAUAACAGGAGAGAACUUGUUGGCAGGAGUGGACUGGUUAUUAGAUGAUAUUGCAGCCAGAAUCUUUACAGCUGACUGAUAUGUAAUAUAGGUCUGACAUACUAGAACUGUACUUUUGUCCUGUUGUAAAUGUUUGACAAUAAAUUUGUCACC